AUGCGAUCUGAGAAAAUCAAGAAGGUUACAAUAUCAGCUUCACCAGUACAAUUCAAAGGAAUUCUGUUACAAGCCAGGCGAACAAAUGGGAAUACAACUCCAGUUGGGACAUGGCAGACCCCGCCAAUUGGAUUUAAAUUCCUCCAAUGCUCAGCUCCUGGUGAUUCUAUUACACAUUCAAACAGUGAUCUUAAAGCAACUGUUUCAUUUGUUUGGGUGGCUCCUAGCACAGGAAACGAAGAUAUCCAGUUUGUGGCAACUUUUGUACAGGAUCUUGAUACUUACUGGGUUAAGGUCUUAUCACCUGUUAUCUCAGUUACAGGCUGUAGUACCUCUCCUUGCCUAAACAAUGGUAUAUGCUUUACUGGCAGUACUACAUCAGGCUACUUUUGUUUAUGCUCUUCCGAAUACACUGGAACACAUUGCGAAACAGCAGCCUCAAUCUGCAUCACUAGUCCACCAUGCCAGAAUGGUGGAACUUGCUCCCCUAGUAGCAAUACAGGAUAUUUCUGUAUUUGUACUUCAUCUUACACUGGAACAAACUGUCAAACACAAGUGCAACCUUGCAGCUCUGCUCCAUGUCUCAACGGUGGGAUUUGCAGCCAGUUUGGUACUGUCUACACAUGCCAGUGUCCGUCUUCCCAUUCUGGGACAAACUGUGAAAUAGUCAUAAACCCUUGUAGUCCAAAUCCAUGUAAUGGGGGCAUAUGCCUGUUGUCAGGAACCUACUAUACAUGUUUUUGCCCAAAUGGAAGGUCAGGCUCACAAUGUGAUGUAAUAAUUGCCUCUGAUCCAUGUCAAACAAAUCCUUGUGGAGUUGGUACCUGUUUCCGUAGUAGUGGUAGUACCGGUGACUAUUUUUGUAGUUGCCCAUCAACGCAUACCGGAACCGACUGCCAGACACUUCUAGAUUCAGAUCCAUGUCUCAUAAAUCCUUGUGGAGUGGGUACCUGUUUUCGCAGUGGUAGUAGUACCAAUAACUAUUUUUGUAGUUGUCCUACAACACAUAGUGGAACCAACUGCCAGACACCAGUUACAGGUGGAUGUAAUCCCAAUCCUUGCCAGGCUGGUGGAAACUGUAUAGCUUCUACAACAGGAUUCACAUGUGUCUGCCCAACUGGCUACAGUGGAAUCAACUGUGAAAAUUACAAUCAUUGUUUAAACAAUAUUUGUCGGAAUGGCGCCACCUGUGUCUCAUUGGUAACUGCAAUUGGCUACACCUGCACUUGCCUUUCUGGUUACAGUGGUACUUAUUGCGAAGUUUCUUCAGAUCCAUGCCUCGCACAGCCCUGCAACAAUGGUGGUAUUUGCACUGGAAGUUCAGGUGGAUAUACCUGUAGCUGCGCAAGUGGAUACUCUGGAACCAAUUGUGAGAUUUUUAACGCUGAUCCAUGCUCUGUAAAUCCCUGUUUGUCUGGGGGUACAUGUUUCCGAAGCUCUUCUACCUCUGGUUACUAUUGUGACUGCCCACCAAAUUACUCAGGCACAAUUUGUGAAACAUUCACUCCAACAGGUCCCUGUGCACCAAAUCCUUGCAGCAAUGGAGGUACAUGUGUACCGUCUGGUUCCGUCUAUGUCUGUCGUUGUCCGACCAACUAUGUGGGCGUCAACUGUCAGACAUUUAACCCUUCAGAUCCAUGCAUACCAAACCCAUGCCAAAAUGCAGCUGCAUGUAGUGCAUCACCGACUAGUGCGAUUGGCCUUGUCUGUACUUGCCAACCAAACUACUUUGGAACAUAUUGUGAAAUCUUCAACACACCAGCUCCAAACCCGUGCUUGUCAAACCCAUGCAAAAAUAAUGCUGUUUGUACCAGCUUUGGGACUGCCUUUGCUUGCAAUUGUUCAACUACACAGAGCUACACUGGAAUAUUUUGUGAAAUUGCACCUAAUCCAUGCGAGUCAAGCCCAUGUGUACGAGGCCAAUGUUUAAACCGUGUCACCGAGUAUGAAUGCGAUUGCUCCUCAACCUCAGGCUACUCUGGCAACAAAUGUGAAAUUCCCCCAAACCCAUGCAAUGGUGUGGAUUGUUUGAAUGGUGGUGUAUGUGUCAAUGGCUUUUGUAACUGUGACAACACAGGUUUUAUCGGCCCUCUGUGUGAGACUUUGAGCGAUGCCUGUUUUUCUGAUCCGUGUCUAAAUGGUGGAACAUGCAAUAACUAUGGCAGUUACUACAUUUGCAGCUGUGCAUCAGAUUUUCAAGGAAGUGUUUGUGAAAACUACAUCAAUCCAUGUGCCAGCAAUCCACCGAAGUGUAUGAAUGGAGCAACAUGUGUCGACCAAGGGGGUCUCCAAUACACCUGUAAUUGUCCUCCAGGAUUCACUGGAACCAGUUGUGAAACAGCUGUGAAUCCAUGUAAUAGUAAUCCUUGUGAGAAUGGAGCUACGUGCCACAAUCAGGUUUCUUUCUACCAGUGUAUAUGCACAGUCGGCUACGGUGGAAUUAACUGUCAAGAUAUGAUCCUAGCUUGCUUGAGUAACCCCUGCCUGAACGGAGGGACUUGUGUUAAUGAGGGUACAGACUACACCUGCGCUUGUACUGUCUAUUAUGAAGGUGACAGGUGUCAACAAGUGCGUGAUCAAUGCUCUUCCAACCCUUGUCAGAAUGGGGCAACCUGCAACAACUAUUUCACUUACUACCAGUGCGGGUGUGUCUCAGGCUAUUAUGGAGUGAACUGUGAGAUUGAUUUCAACGAAUGCAAUAGUAACCCUUGUUACAAUGGGGGUACAUGUGUGGAUGGCGUGAAUAGCCUGACUUGCAUGUGUUUGGAUGGAUACAAUGGCGCAUACUGUGAAGUCAAUAUCAACGAAUGUUCAUCAAAUCCGUGUCGGAAUGGAGGUGUGUGUACUGAUGCUAUUAAUGAUUUCUUGUGUGACUGUCCGCCAGGCUAUGAGGGCAAAGACUGCUCUGUCGACACAGCAGAAUGCAUGAGCAGCCCGUGCAUGAAUGGAGGGACAUGUGUUGACCUUGUCAAUGGAUACUUUUGCAUUUGUGGAAUUGGUUGGGGAGGCGAUACUUGUACAGACGAGGUCGGUUGUUACGGUAUUGAUUACACGAUACAAGAAUGCAGUGCCGUAGAGCUCCAUAGUAACAACUAUCCAAGUCCGUACAAUAAUGGUGAUAGUUGUUUAUGGACCAUUCGAACCAGCAAUGGUAACAACAUGCGCAUCUACAUCAAAGACUUCGACACGGAAGAAGACUAUGACGUCCUAGAGUAUGGGUAUGGAGAGGAUGCUGCCAAUGGGGCCACAGCUAUCGAUAGUUUCUCUGGUGAGGUACAGCCUCAAAAUCUGACCUCCACCAUGGAUGUGAUCUGGUUGAAGUUCACUACAGAUAGCGGCAAGACUGAUAGGGGCUUCUUGAUUCAUGUUGAAGAUUCAUGUAGACCAGUGGAGGAUGCCUGUGCUAGCAACCCAUGCCAGAAUGGAGGUACUUGCAAUGACCAUGAGGGAUUCAUUGGCUACUCAUGCAUCUGCCCACCAAAAUUCACAGGACUUCAAUGCGAGGCUGAACGAAGUACCCCAUGUACAUCUGACCCAUGUGUUAACGGAGGAGUAUGCGUUGACAUUGAAUUUGGAAAAUCUUAUCAAUGUAAUUGUCCAACCAACUUUAUAGGAGAUAGAUGCGAGACUUUCCAACCGACAGUGGCGGAGGAUAUGUGUCCAGUUAGCUACUGCUUAAAUAGUGGCGUUUGCAACUACGUGGGAGUGAACCAAUAUACUUGUGAUUGUCCCAACAACUUUGGUGGUAGCAGGUGUGAAAAAGUGACUUGUCCUGAUGGUUACUGCACAGCUAACGCCGAAGCGUGCAUUGUGUAUGGGUCUGGUUACAGCUGCCAAUGUAUGCCAGGCUACAAUGGUCAACGCUGUGAAGUUGAUCCAUGUCCCUCUGAUUUCUGCGCCAAUGGAGGUACCUGUUUAUAUAAUAGCGAAAAAACUACUGAUGUGUACGCCUGCCAUUGCGUAGCUGGCUUUACAGGGCCAAAAUGUAACACACAAAUCACAUCAUGUUCUCAAAGCCCUUGUCAGAAUGGAGGCACUUGCCGUGAUACAAUAUCAGGAUUUACAUGCAACUGUACUGAGGUUUAUCAGGGGGAUUUCUGCCAAGAAGAUAAAUGUGACAAUUGUGAGCGUGGAACAUGCAUGGCAACAGAUGGUACACCAACAUGUGUCUGCACGGGUACAGGCUAUACUGGUGACAGAUGUGAAAUCGAUAUAGAUGAAUGCGAGAGUUCACCAUGUCUGAAUGAUGGUGAGUGUGUCGACCUUGUCAAUCGGUUUGAAUGCAUUUGCAAGGCAUCUUUCACAGGGUUUAAUUGCGGAGAAACAACAGGUACCGCAGGUGAUAGCUGCAGUCCAAACCCUUGCAAGAAUGGUGCAAAUUGUAUAAACAAUAUCAACGGCUUCAUCUGUUCCUGUCUAGAUGGCUUCAAGGGCCAAGAUUGCUCAGACAAAAGUAGUAAUGCUCUUGCUUCAACCGAUGAUGAGAAUGAUUUGUUCCUUGAGCCUUGGUGGAUUGCUCUGAUUGGCCUCCUAGUUCUUCUACUUAUCAUUUUCGUCUCUGUCUUAAUGUGUACCAUGAACAGCAGAUCAAAAAGCGAUGGAAAGGAAUUGGUUUACUAAUUUAUAUAGUUAUUAUAAAACAUAAUUAUAUACUUAUAUAACUAUAAAUAUUCCUCAAUACCUUCUAGGAUAAACUGAAAGGGACACGCUCUAAAAUAUAUGCAGAUCAAAAAGCGAUGGAAAGGAAUUGGUUUACUAAUUUAUAUAGUUAUCAUAAAACAUAAUUAUAUACUUAUAUAACUAUAAAUAUAAGUACCAUAAUCAAAAUCUCAUAAAAAUAUCUUGAUUAUUAUAGAAUAAUAUAAUA